UUUAAAAAAAAAUUUUGGAAUAGCUCUCAUUAUUACAGUUUACAGGUAUUCGAUACCAAAAAAACUCGAUUUUAGGUCAGGUAAAUUCGAUACAGUAAUUUUAAUAUUGUAAUGAAUUACUGUUGAAUAAUUUUAGUUUCUUCUGGGAAUAUUUGCAUAAUUUUUUAGACUUUUUCCAAUUAGCAUCUGAAAAGUCAUAAAAUGGAAUAUAAAUACCAAACACAAGGCGAUGCGAUGAUGGGCCCGCAGCCUACACAGUAUGAAUCCGGCUCCCAACCAGCAGUUAUUCCCCCAGGUGCCUCUCAAUGGAUGGUAAGGCCGGCGGCACUCGAAGGAGUGCCACCCGGACUGGAAUAUUUGACACAAUUGGAUCAGAUCUUGAUACAUCAACAAGUUGAGCUUUUCGAAGCGUUUACUGGUAUUGAAACUAAAAAUCGAUACGCAAUCAAAAACAGUCUUGGUCAGCAAUGUUAUUUUGCUUACGAAGAAUCUGAUUUAUGCAUGAGAUUAUGUUGUGGAAACAUGAGGGGAUUCCAAAUGCAUAUUGUUGAUAAUACUGGCAAAGAAGUCAUUCGCGCUUAUCGUGAUUUCAGAUGUUGCGUUGGUUGUUGUUGGUGCAUCAGUGGCGAAACAUGUGCGUUUAUAGUUCCUGUGGAAUCUCCAACAGGGGUUCCAAUUGGGAGAAUAAUUCAGCUCUGUUCUGCCUGGAAACCGAAAUAUGCAAUUCAAAACGAGAGAAACGAAACGAUCCUCAUUAUCCAAGGUCCGUGCUGUGUCUGGUCAGGACCCUGUUGUCCCCAAGAUGUCCCGUUCGAAAUUAAGACCGCUGACGAAUCUCAGACUAUUGGUCGACUGGCUAGACAGUAUGCAGGAUUAGCAAAAGAGUGGUUCACUGACGCCACAAACUUUGGUAUCAAUUUCCCGAUGGAUUUGGAUGUCAAAGCAAAAGCUCUUCUAUUAUCAGCUACUUUUCUGAUUGACAUGAUGUUCUUCGAAAAAAAGAAUAAUGACAAUAAUUGAAUUAUCGUCUGCGGGUUUUUACCCUUGAUUAUUAUUCUCACGAAUGAGCACAUGAAAUAAUGUAUGAAUAUACUUGCUGUAUAUAAAUGAUUCAACGUAUCAAACACGGAAAAAUGUCUCAUCGGAAAUUAGAAUGUUUUGAGUCAGACGAACCGCACAGGGCUUUGAGUUUGAAAAUAAAUAAAAUCACAUUAAAAUCGAGAAAAAUAUUUUCUCAUAUUAUCUAUCACUUGUGAUUCAUUGAUUUGAAGACAGGCAUACUGACAAACCUAAUGUCGUUGUCGUUGACGACAUGUUGAAGUUUGUUGAUUUAUUGGGUAUUAAGUUCUAAAUUUUUGUAUAUUUUUUAAGAUCGUAAGACCUUUUCUGAUAAAGAAAUCAUUCAAUUUGAUUCGAAGAUGAUAUUAUCUUAACACACUAUUGACGGAGUUAAAACUGUUUACCGAACCAGGCGUGGUUAUUCAAUGAACAAUGAUUUUAUUAUCAGGAAUGUUUAUUGGAGACAUUACGGACUUUUUAUUACUUUAUGAUUUGACCAAUUAAAUGUUCAAGAGAAAUUACAUCAGAAAAUUUUUCUAUGAAUAAAUUGUUAAAAUUUCAAAUCUGAAAUUCGUUACUAACGUUUCAACACUUACUUGUAAAAUAUUGUCGACGAUUAAUUACUUUAAUUCGUAAUAAACUGUGUAAUAUAAGGCAUUGCUGUAAUUGAUUUACUUAGAACGUGCAUUUGAAUUUUUUCGUUGAUAAUUCUCCAGUUAUACAGUUCGACCUCUGAGCGGUUGAACAUGGAUUUGGGUUUUGUGUUGUUCAAUAGCAAGAAAAGGUUUGGAUGGCGUGAUAAAUCAUUUUGUAUAUUUAAAAAUUCGGUCCUUCAUCUAUAGUACUAUAAUUCUUUGUUGCACUAGGGAUAUUUGUUAUUUACCUGAAUCACAGGACAUUCGGUUUUAUAAAUUCUCGGUGACAUUUUUUUGAAUAUAGAAUUUCAAGUAAAUGUUAAGUAAAAUAUUGUAUCAAUUUUCGAACAUAUUUUCAAGUUGAACUGUACUUCUCAAACGGACACAACGAAUCUAAUCUUACCACCUGAUUCACAAGAUAUGUUAUUAAAACUUAACGUGACAGUUCUUUACACAGUGACGAAAUUCUUGAUGCCAAGCGAAAGUCUAGACAAAAAAUACAUAAUCAGGAUGACAUUGACCUCUAGCAGAUUAUUUAGGUGUUCUAC